AUGGGUAAAGUUUCAAAGAAAACAAAGAAGUUCCAGUCUAAGCACUUAGACAGGACUAUCAAGCACAGAAGAGAAGUGCAGAAACACAACAAGCUCACUUCCAAGGGAAAGGGAAAAUCAGCCUCUGCUGCGUACGCCGCCAACUCUGACACCAAAGAAAGCAAGGCAAAGAAUGGCUACGAUGCCAUGAACGUGGAAGAGUUUUUUGAAGGUGGAUUUGAGGUACCAAAGGCUUCCACUAAAAAGGGCUCGAAAUCAAAGUUAUCGAAGAAAGAAUCUGAGUCUGAGUCUGAUUCUGACUCUAAGUCCAAUUCUGAGUCCGAUUCUGAGUCCGAAUCAGAGGUGGAAGUUGGAGCUGGAUCUGAUGGCGGAUCUGGAUCCGAGUCAGACGAAGGUGAUUUGGAGAAUGACAUGAAAAACCUGGCGGAAAAGGAUCCGGAGUUCUUCAAAUAUUUGCAAGAAAACGACAAAGAAUUAUUAGACUUCAAGCCAGUGAACCCAUUGGAUGCCAUGAGCGAGGACGAAGACGAAGACGAAGAUGAAGCUUCCAACCCUGUCCACGAACAAGACGAAGAUGAAGAACCAGAAGUCAAGAGAAUUGAGGUGACGAUGAAAAUGGUCAAAGACUGGAGUGACCAACUCUCUAAUAAACCAUCCGUCGCUACACUUAAGAACGUGGUCAUCGCAUUUAAGUCUGCCGUGAACAUCAACUCCGACAACGACUACAAAUACUCUGUUACCGGCGAGAAGGUUUUCAACCAGCUUAUGAUAUUGGUGCUCAAGAAGUUCCCCUUUGCCGUUCAAAGGAUCGUUCCAUACAAAAAAUCAGGUGAAACCAGAGUUCUGCCUUCCUCGAACAAAAAAUUGGCUGGUGUCUCCUCUGUGCUGAAGAGUCAUGCAGGCUCACUGAUUACUCUGCUCACAGACAUCACCAACACUGAGACUGCUGCCUUGGUUCUUUCCUCUUUGCAGGAGCUUUUGCCUUUCUACAUCUCCAGGAGAAAGUUGCUAAAGCAGAUGCUGGUUGCCGUCAUCAAUGUGUGGAGUUCCACCAACGAUGUCGACACCCAAAUCGCGACAUUUGCAUUCAUCAACAACACAGCCCAUGAAUUCCCCAAGGCCACUCUGGAAAUCUGCUUGAAGACCACCUACUCCACUUUUGUGAAAAGAUGCAGAGUCACCAAUGUGCACACACUUCCGAUGAUUAACUUCCAGAAGAACUCCGCUGUCGAACUGUUCAAGAUCGACCACACACUCUCCUACCAGAUCGGUUUCGAAUAUAUAAGACAAUUGGCUAUUCACUUGAAGACCUGUCUCAACAAUGCCACUGAGGCUAACCAGAAGUUAGUUUACAAUUGGCAGUUCUGCCACUCUCUUGAUUUCUGGUCGAGAGUGCUGGCUGCUCAUGCUAACAACGGUGAUUCAAAGAAGGAGUCUCCAUUGACUCAACUGAUCUACCCACUGGUCCAGGUCACUUUGGGUACCAUCAGAUUGAUCCCAACGGCUCAGUUCUUUCCUUUGAGAUUUUACCUCAUCAGGUCGUUGAUCAGAAUCUCGCAAGCUACUGGAGUCUUCAUUCCAAUCUUCCCAUUGCUUUCGGAGAUCUUGAAUUCCACCAUCAUCACCAAAAAUCCACACGCCUCGAACCUCCCGGCAGUUGACUUCGAGUACGCCAUCAAGGUCAACCAGGCUUACCUGCACACCAAGGUAUACCAGGACGGUGUCUGCGAACAGUUUGUGGAAAUUGCAUCUGAAUUUUUCGUGCUGUACUCUAAGAAUAUUGCCUUUCCAGAGCUCGCUGCGCCUGCCCUUAUCCACCUCAGAAGAUUUGUGAAGAAGAGCAGAAACGUCAGGUUCAACAAACAGCUCUCAAACCUCAUUGAAAAGUUGAACCAGAACGUCAAGUUCAUCACUGACAAGAGGGCCAAGGUGGAGUUUGGACCAAGCAACAGAGUUGAGGUCAACACCUUCCUGCAAGAUCUAGACUGGGAGAAGACCCCAUUGGGUGCCUAUGUCGAAGUCCAGAGAAGAGUGAAGGACGAGAGGACGAGACUGAUGAGAGAGUCCAUUCUGGCCGAGGAAGAGGAACGUAAAGCCCAGAAGAAUGCUGAAAUGGACCUGGAAGAGAACUCUACCACUGAGGAACUUGACGAGGAAUAA